AAGGAACUCUCCGACCCUCAAUUACAUUUACAAUUUAGGAAUUUACAACUCUCUCUUUCUCUCUCCAGAUUCAUCCAUUUCAUUCCAACUUUCCAUCUAACAACUUCACUUAAUCUCACAAUUUCCAUCUUCAAAUUACCUCAAUUUCCCCCAAUUCAACGAGCAAUUAAGUAGAACUAUAACGGCCGAAAUUAAACUUCUCCACGCGAUCGAAAACUCCGAUCUUCCACAAAUUCGACAUGCAAAAAUUGUGUAAUUUAAGCUUCACAAACUUGGAUCUUCUUCAUAUUUGAACCAGAAUUCUGAAUUGCAGAAACCGUGUAAGAAGUUUCUUAGCAGGAAAAUUGAAUUGAAAGGGGGGUGUUGAAUUAAUAAUUAUCGGUGCCGGAAUCCGAAAAUGGGGGUGAAGCAAGCUAUAAAGAAACUUGAUGCAUUUCCUCGUGCUGAAGAGCACUUGUUGCAGAAGACACAAUCAGGCGCUAUUGUGUCUAUCAUCGGCCUGGUUAUUAUGGCAACUCUGUUUAUACACGAGCUUAGAUAUUAUUUGAGUACAUAUACAGUUAAUCAGAUGUCCGUGGAUUUGAAGCGUGGUGAAAUACUCCCUAUACACAUAAACAUGACGUUCCCUUCCUUGCCAUGCGAUGUUCUUAGUGUGGAUGCUAUAGACAUGUCAGGAAAGCAUGAAGUGGAUCUUGAUACAACUAUAUGGAAACUUCGCUUGAGCAGUGAUGGCCAUAUCAUCGGAACCGAAUUUUUGACUGACUUGGUGGAAAAGGGGCAAGCCCAUGACCAUGCUCACAGCCACUCGCAUGGCCAUGCUCAAGAUCAUGAACAAAUUUUGACAGGUCAUGACAAUCAUAAGCAGGAGGAUUCGAAAGAUCAGCCUGAUCAUAAAGAUGAGCAUGGUGAUCAUAAAGAUAAGCAUGAGGAUUCAAAACAGAAAAUUCAUCUACAAAGCUUUGAUGAAGACACUGAAAACAUGGUAAAGAAAGUUAAGCAAGCAAUGGCAGAUGGAGAAGGAUGUCGGAUCUAUGGUGUUUUAGAUGUGCAAAGGGUUGCUGGGAACUUUCAUAUCUCAGUUCAUGGACUGAACAUUUUUGUUGCUCAGAUGAUUUUUGAUGGAUCUAAUCACGUGAAUGUCAGCCACAUGAUUCAUGAUUUAUCAUUUGGCCCAAGUUAUCCUGGAAUUCAUAACCCGCUUGAUGGGACUGUUCGCAUUUUGCGUGGUACAAGUGGCACUUUUAAAUACUACAUAAAGAUUGUUCCUACUGAGUACAAAUAUAUCUCAAAAGAUGUGUUACCUACCAACCAAUUUUCCGUCACAGAGUACUUUUCACCUAUGAAAGAUUUUGAUCGAACAUGGCCAGCUGUCUACUUCUUGUACGAUCUAUCACCUAUCACCGUAACAAUCAGAGAAGAACGCCGCAGUUUUCUUCAUUUCCUCACACGGCUUUGUGCUGUGUUGGGGGGUACCUUUGCUUUGACAGGAAUGCUAGAUCGCUGGAUGUAUAGGCUCGUUGAGAUGGUGAUGAAGCCAACUAAGAGGGGUGUUAUCUAACUGGAAUCCAAUGUUGAUUAUGUGAACAUCAUAUGCAUCUUUAGUUGAUCGAUUAAUGAAGUGGAGCCUUUCUACUGUGUCAUUUUAUACAAAGCGGGGAAAGAAAUGCAGAUCAAUUCCUUUUCAUAUCCUCCAAUCUUCGAGUGACGUUUGUAAUGAUCAGCUGUAAGAACGGGUCAUUGUUAUACAAAAGGUUAUGCCAUGUCCACAACCGCCCUUUAGUUUCUUCAGAAUUACUACUAUUCCGAAUUACUACCAUGUUUCAGGCUUGUAUUGUAGCAUUUGUAACGAAAAUUUUGGUAUUGAUGGUGAAAGCGGAGUAAAGGUCAGAGUAGGUUUUCCUAGUGAUAUUAAUCUUAUACUAUAUGAUUGUUGAUCCAAACAAAUUUAUAAUAUAUGUGUUGUGAGAAAUAGAGAUAGAAGUUAUGCAAAUAUAUCAGAGAGUAUUGUAUAUUGCAUUGA